CUUGUUUUGAGAAGCUUCCGGGCUCUCUCCCUCUCUCGACCGUGUCUUCUCUCAUUUUUGUCUUUGUGAUACGUCUCUAACCCUUAAAACUUUUGGUUUUUUGGGUGAUCUCUAUGAAUUGAGUCUUGAUGAUUCUUCUAUUUGUAGUCGAGAGGGUGUAUCUUUGUUGUCUGGGUAGUCUUUGGGUUGCCUCCAUUCGAUCCCAUGUGGCUAGGGUUUGUGGAGUUUUCAGGUUGUACAGACGAGUACAAUGUAUUCUGAGCCCUAAAUAAUUGAUUGUUGAUGUUGAUGAUUCAUUUUUAAUUCCUUUGUGUUCUGGUAAUUUUGGGUUCAAGUUAUUACAGAAGCUUGACUUGAAUGGAUGGACUGCAUCAAGUACGAAUCCCUUAGUCAAGAUUGAGUUUCCAAAUGUUUUUGGUGAUUAGAUUAAGAGCAAUUAUUGACGCAGUAUCAAGAAUAAAACCUGCAUUAAUUUAUGCCUUAUGUACCAAGCCAUCCAAAGUUGUACUCUGAUUAACUGAGCAAGAAUGAAACUGACAUAUGGUUCCUUAUGCUACCUAGAUUAGCUCAUUAAACAUUAUUUCGAAGUUUUUAUCCCAUUUUUAUGCCUUAUGCACCGCUUAAUUUAUGCCUUAUGCACGGCCUGCAUGAACAUACAGAGUUUCUAUUGUUUUCAAAUAGUAUUCUGAUUUCCAAGUUCACCAGUGUUACUGUAUAAAGAAUUUAUUAAUUCCAUUCCCAGUUUGAAGGAUUCAAUUUGGUUCCACCUAUCAUUUCGACGAAAAGGACAAGGAGAGAUAGAGAGAAGGGUAGAUUUAGGAUUGGGGCGGCAAUUGGAACUUAAAAUAAUAUAAUUUAAACCUAUGGCCUGCAAACAAAUUUUUACACGUAAUAAUCAGCACAGUUCAGCCUUGAAAUUUACAUAAUUGUUGCAUUUUCUGGUUUGUCAUUUUGCAUUUGUCUUUUUUUUUGACUUAAUCCUCGUCUUUGUUGCCUAUUGUAACAUCACGAUAAUCCUCAAUUCUAUAAUCUGUUUCUUCAUUUGUUUUUUCCUUUGUCCAAUUCCUUAGUAUCAACCAAUGAAUCGUAUUUGUUGCAUCAGCAUUUCAAUAAUUCAUUUCUUUCUUCUGUUCAUCUGGUUUCAAUACUGAUGUUUAAAGAUCUUAACCGAGUCAAUCCACGGCCUUUAUGGUGGAGUGUUUUUGGAGAACAAAAGGCUGUUUUCAGUUUGUGGGUUCAGUUGAAGGAAUUUUUAUCACCAAAAAGUAGCUUACAGGCUCCAGAAAGGUUUUAAAUUGAAUAAAAGUGGCAAUGUCUUUGGAGGAUCUUCUUGCUGCUGAAGGGUUUAAGAGAAAAGCAAAGAUGAUACCCAGACAUUCCUUCGGCUCAGAUGGAAGAAGUAUACCUCUUUAUCCAACGCGAGGUAAACAUGAACCCAGUUCUUCAUCAUCUGUUAAACGGACAGCGAGGACAAGAUCUGAGAUACCUCGAAAAGACUCUAGAGGUGAUUUUUCAACAAGUUAUAGUCUUAAAGGUAGAAAUCCAAGGGAUGAUCCUAAUAGAAGGGAGAAAAUAGACUGGGAAUCAAAGACAGAAACUCGGGUGGAACUUGAAAGAAGAGGUUAUAAAGAUUCGUGGGAUGCCAAGAAGUUUAGCCUUAGUUCAAGUGAAGAUUCUCGAGGUUUUGGGAGAAAGGAGACCGUAGAGAGUAACGAGAUAGUAGAGGUGGAAAAUAACAAGCCAUAUACAGAUAUAUAUUCAUAUGAUGUUCACAAAAAUGAGGAAAGAGAGCGACACAGGCAGCAUUCCGGGGAGGAUGCAAUGGAAGAUAAGAGAACUACAAAAGACUCCUUCAAACGUGUCCCUCGACAAAGAAUUUUAAGUGUCAAUUCGUGGAAAAGAGUGAACCAGCCUGAGAUAAACAUGAUUUCUGAAAAAGGUAAAACUUUUGAUGAAAGUCGGAGCCUAAGGCAAGGCCGGUCCGAACAGAUUCUUGAUACUCCUGCUCUCGAUGAAGCUGCUGUUAAAGCCAUGAUUUCUAUUUUGAGUGGUUAUGUCAAACGUUUUCUAACAGAUGGGGACUUCAGGACAUCACUGCGUCACAAUAGUUUCGCUUCCCUGAAUUUUAUUGGAUUGGAAGAAGGCCUUGACACUGAAUGCAAAAUCAUAGAAAAUCUUGAACAAGCUAUAGAAAUGGUUGAAAGAGCUGCUGAGGAAAAUGCAACGGCCAAAGAAUUAAAAAAAGCUUCUUUGCAACUUAGUGUUAUUACGGGAUUAAAUUCCAAUGAUUUAAAAGAUGGACUUACAUCUGGAAUCCCAAACUUCAAGCUGUCAGCUUGUGCUCACUUGUACCUCAGCAUGAUUUAUAUGCUACAGAGAAAAGAUAGAAUUGCAGCAAAACAUCUUCUUCAAGUUUUCUGUGAUUCACCAUUCCAGGCACGGACGACAUUACUGCCUGAUUUGUGGGAUCAAAUAUUGUUUCCUCAUCUUUCGGAUUUGAAGCUCUGGUAUGACAAAGAAGCUGAUUCCUUGGCUGAUUCACCAAUUCCAACAAAUCUAAAGCUUCUUGAUAAAGUGUAUAAUGAAACUCUGGAUUCAGCAACUUAUCAAUUUGCCUUGUACUACAAGGAUUGGCUAACCGAGGGGGUUGAUGCGCCUUCGCUUCCUUCAAUUGCAAUUCCUUCUUUCUCUGUUCAUCCAAUGCAAAAGGGUCACACAUGUAGUCCUACAUGUCAUUUCUCACCACAUCCAAUGGUCAGUAAAAAAUUGUACGAUGAAGUAUUUAAGCAUUCACAUAAAUCCGGGAUUGAAAUCGAAGUCUACGAGGAAGAGGAUUUUGAGAUAAAUGCAAUAAGCUCAAAUGGUACUGCUCCAGAAGACAAACAAUUGAUAUUAUAUUCUGAUGACUCUGUUAAACACAAAAAUCAAAAUAUCUCACCCGGCGGCAAAUCUCACCCAGAUGAUUCACAUGCGGCUGAUGAAACGCAGAGAUUAGAACAAGCAAGUUCUUCAGGAGAGUUAAAUUUCAACGAAAACUUCCACAACAGUCAGUGGCUGCAAGAAAAUUCAGAUGUACACACGUUGCAAGAAUUACCACCCGCAAAAGAAAAUGAGCUUUUAACUAAGAGGCCAGCAAAAUCAUUGCUUGACCAUGCUGUAUCAAUUUCUUUGGAAACUAAAUUGAAGUCUCCUGUCCAUGAACUGCAAAAGAGUUAUGAAGACUUCAGCGAAACAACUUCUCUGUUGAGCAUCCCAAAAGAUUUCAUAUGCCCUUUGAAUGGACUUCUUUUUGAAGAUCCAGUGACUCUUGAGACAGGACACACCUUUGAACGUGGAGCAAUCACGGAUUGGUUUGGUCGAGAAUCUAAAACCUGCCCUGUCACAGGAAAAACAUUAGCAUUUCAAGCUGUCCCACCUACAAAUUUCAUUCUGAAGCGUGUUAUUGACAAUUGGAAGGUAGAGCAUUGCAGGAAUCUCUUGGCUACUGUCUCUCAACUAACAGCAGAUUCAUCGGAACAUGUAAAAUCGAAAGAUGAUGUAACUAUGUCCCUAUUGGAGCAGUUUCUCAUUGUUUUCACUAAAGAUGAGAGAAUAGCAAAUGCAAAACAGCUUAUCUCUUUUGGAGGCUUACAGUUUCUGCUGAGGAGAUUUGAGUAUGGAGACGUUAAUGAGAAGACAUCUAUUUUAGAAUUACUAUCUUGUUGUAUUGAAUCUGACGCUAGUUGCAGAGAUGAUGUUGCUAGAAGCAUAAAUAUGCCGUGUCUUCUAGAACUAAUUCGAAGCGAGCAGUUAAAGUUGAGAACCAAUGCAGUGUUAAUGCUGGCUGAACUAAUUUGCUUGAACAGGAGGAAAAACGCAGAAGGAAUUUUAAAAGGCCUACAGGAUGCAGAAAUAAUAAAUGCAAUGGAUAAUUUGCUCAUCUAUAUGCAGACUUGUGUACUGGAAGAGAGACCUGAAGUAGCCGUUUUGAUCCUACAUUUUGAUCUUCUGAAAAUACCACACGAGAGUAGCCUAUAUAGACAGGAGGCUGUAGAUGCCCUUACAACAGCUCUGGAGAGUGGCUUAUCAGAUCCGAAGGUUCAGAAGAAGUGUUGCAGAGCUCUCCUAAUACUUGGAGGUCGCUUCUCUUUGUCUGGAAAACUUAUGACUGAGGAUUGGUCUCUGAAACUAGCCGGGUUUCUCAACGGUCCAGACUGGAAUUUUGCUGACAAUGAAGACAACAAUAUAGCAACUGAUGAGACUGUGAUGAUGUUCAAUUCUCAGAUUGAAGAUGAAGAAGAAGUAAAGACGAGAGAGAAGUGGCUGGUGAGUGUGUCGGCUUCGCUUCUUGGGGAUGGGACUAAGUCAUUUCUGGAGACUGUUUCCAAGUGUUUAACUUUAGGAAACUCGGAUUUGGUCCGCGUAAUUCUAACAACAGGGGUCUGGUUGAGCUCUUCACUUGCUUCAUUAUCUGAUACAGAGUUUCAGCUUUCUGCCCUUUUUACUCUCAUUACUCCAUUGAAAUUUUGCCUAGAAUACGGUGAGCUGGUUGAGCAAAAGGUUCUUGCUUCAAUGUGUCUGCUUAAUUUCAGUAAAAUUCCAGAGUGUAGAGUACUCCUGAUGAAGAUAAGGGAGGAACUGGCUACUUCUCUAGAAAAUCUUGCAGAGGUAACAUGGACAGCUAAAGAGCUGUUUAUCAUCUUUUCAAACCAAAGAAGUUAAAGAAUCGGUAACAAAGUUCGAAAGAGAGGGAGAGAAAUUGUUGCAUCAAAACAAAUUUUAGCAGUAAACGAUUAUGUGUUGUGAUAUGUACAGUUAAAUUUUACUACAAGUGACAUUUUUCUUAGGAGAUGCAUCAAUUCUUUUUUUUUCCUUUUUUCCUCAUGUAUAUUGGUCUUGUUAAUUGUGAAUGGCUAAUUAUAUUUACUAA